GAGUCACAUUCUUCAGGCAGACUCUGAAGAGGACUGCCAGACGUGGGUGAAGGCUCUCAAUGCAAGCAUCAGCCAGGCUUACAAGGACACCAUGCACGAAAGCGACAAGGAGUCAGAGGAGAAAAGUUCCACCAGUUCAGGAGCAGAAUCUAGUCAGGGAGAUAACUCAUCGGCCCAAGCCAAACCUUCCAAAGAGAAACUGAGGAUGGAGCAGCUCCUGGUUGUCCCGGGCAACUCCAACUGCUGCGACUGUGGAGCGGCCGAGCCGCGCUGGGCCAGCAUCAACCUCGGGGUCACGCUGUGCAUCGAAUGCUCCGGCAUUCACCGCAGUUUUGGCGUACACAUGUCCAAGGUCCGCUCCAUUACUCUGGACACCUGGGAGCCCGAGAAUCUCAAGGUCAUGCUGGAGCUGGGCAACGAGGUGGUCAACAGAAUCUACGAGGCCAAAGUAGACGAGUCCAUCGCUGCCCGAGCCACGCCUGAGUGUAACAGAGUGGUGAGAGAGAGCUGGAUUCGAGCCAAGUACGUGCAGAAAGCGUUCAUCAAGCAGCUGCCCGGCGUCAACAAGGGCAACAAACUGCGGCAGUGGAGCGUGCGCAAGAAGACGCGGGGCUCGCCGGCCCGCCUGCUGAAGAAGCACAGCCUGGAGGAGACGUCGGCGUCCAAAGACUCCCUGAGCUCGCGGGGCGGGGACUCCCUGUCGCCGUCCGACUCUGACGACUUGACCAGCGGACUGCUGGAAGGUGGAGCACCAGGGGCUCGUAGAGAGCUACCUCCACCGUCGACAUCAGCACCAACAUCGUGUUUGGAGAGGAGAGCCCAUUGGCUCGGGUGGCGGGACUUAACAAGAGUUUGGACCUUGAGAGCUCGGAUGAGUCAUCGCCAGACUUUGACGAAGACAGUGUUGGUGAUGGAGACGGUAGUGGACGUGGCGUGGCCAUGGAUGGUGACCAGUUCCACACCUCUUGGGAGGAUAUGAGCAAGCUGGAUCCGAACCUGCUACUCUACAAAGCCAGCGGAGCUCGCAACCUGGGCGUGAUGCUGGAGGCCCUGGGGAACCGGGCGGAUCCAAACUGGGUCAACCUGGAGGAAGAGGGACGCACGCCCAUCAUGAAGGCUGUUCAGACAGGCUCGCUGGCAGCCUGUGAGUUCCUGCUCCUGAACAACGCCAAACUGGACCGUCGGGACAAGUCGGGCCGCACGGCUCUCCACCACGCCACCAUCCUGGGACACACCGGGCAAGUGUGUCAGUUCCUGAAGCGUAGAGCAGACGUCAAUGCAAAAGACAACCAGGGAAAGACACCUCUGGACAUUGCUCUCGAGACGGAGAACGCAAAUGCUGACAUCGUUACUCUCUUACGACUGGCCAAACUGACAGAAGAGAUGAAAGAGUCGGAGGGUUACAUGGGAAAUCCAGGAGAUGAUACGUUCCAAGAUGUCUGCCGCGACUUCACCAACAUGGCGUCUAAUAACCCAGAGAAGCUGAAACGAAAAUAGCGGCACAGGAAAUAGACAGGCUUGUCUCACUCUGCGAUAUUAUCCAAGUGUGGGAGAAGAGAGAGAUCCGUCACCUCCCUUGUAGACUUUUAUACUAUAUCCCUGUUCUUAGAGAGACGAACACUUCACAUGGGUUCACAUGACACUAAAAUAAGUAAACUACUGCUGCACACUGCCGGAGUGCAACAUUUCUGCAAAGAUUUCUGGGUCUCACCUAAAUUCCUGGAAUUUGGGAAUAUGAAAUAUUUCAGAAAUUUUGGUUUCAUGUAUGACCUCUUUGGUCCCUUUUAUUUUUGGAACAGUUGAACACAUUUUUUUAAUUUUGCUUUCAGUCGUGCAGGUUGUAGAAAUUUUAUUACAUCAAGGUUCUUUGUCAAUUUUGUUACAAAAAUAUUGUAAUAUUGCUGCUGUCCAAAGGUUAGACUUGCACAAACUGUAGUCAUUUAAGAAUAAAACACAUAAUCAGUAGCAGUUGUUAAUGAAUUAAUUCAUUGAUCGAGGGAGGUAUGUCCCUGUAUUCAGGCAUUCCGGAGCCAUUAAUGAAUUUUUCAGUUAAAUGACAAAUCAUCAUGCAAGUCUUAGGUGAACUUUCCAAUUUCAACGAAUUUCUUCUCGUCAUCUUCACCCCCUCACUUAUAUUUGACUGUCACUGCUGUGGCAGGGGGCAGUUGGUGCACAGCAAGUCUAGUCCCGGCUCCUUUGCCAAGUCAGAGGUGCUGACCUGAACUAUUGUGUUUGAGGAAUCUCUAGUGCUGCUCAUCAACAACCAUUUCACUACCUCAGAAUUACAAAGCUCUGUCUGUUCAGUACCUAGUUUUGAGAAAUCUGUCACAAAAAUUUUGAGUUUCACAAUAUUUCAGGCUUUUUCAAACGUAGUCCUUUGAAUAUUUUAAUAACAUCUCCGAAUAAUCUUAUGAUUUUGAUAGAGCGGUCAGAGCAUUUGAUUUCUGACCUCGUCGCUUUAGUAACUCAAAACGACCAAAAAUGUCAGAUACAACUUUGUAAUUCUAAGGUAGCAAUUUGUAUGGACCAGAUCUCGCCUUAUUAAGUCUAAGUGGCCUCUGGAUAUUUACUCAGAAGUUCUCGAGGUUUAAUCUUCUCAUCAUGUUACAGCUUACUACAUAAUUUAAUUAUUGUAAUAAAGAUGUAUGUAGAUGCAAUGUUGUUGGGUUUUUUUUUUCAAUUCUGAAAUAGGCGUUUUGAUUUUGUAUUUUGUUGUAGCGGAGUAUACCUGGGGGAGGGGGGUGGGGGAGAGAGACAUGUGUGAGGGGGGUAUAAUUUAUUGUUUUUAGCUUGAUUGUAAAUCAAAGGAAGUUUUUGUGUCUUAAUGAUGAAAUCGUUGGAGCGGUUCCUUGUUUAGGGUUUAGUGAAGGUUAAGUUCUAUACUUGUGCAGGAAACAAGAGUGAAACAGAGGAACUGAGAGAAUGACUCAUCUCUCUGCUUCUGUUGAGAACCUCAAUACCUCAAGGAACCCUGGAGGCUCUUUAUGACUCAAUUUGAAUAAAUUUUGUCUUGUUU